AAAACCCUAAAACUAAAAAGGGCUCGCAGCGAGCACCCACCCAGGCAGCCUCCCGUCCCGAGUCCUAUCCGUUCCCCCUCUCCAAGGGUCUCCCCUUCCUAAUCCCCUCCUCCCCACGCGCCGCCGCGGGCGCCGCCGCCGACCCCAGCCAAGAUGAAUGUUGAAAAGCUCAAGAAGAUGGCAGGUGCCGUACGCACUGGGGGAAAGGGUAGCAUGCGCAGGAAGAAGAAGGCUGUCCACAAGACUACGACCACAGAUGACAAAAGGCUCCAGAGCACCCUGAAAAGAGUAGGAGUGAACACUAUCCCUGGUAUUGAAGAGGUCAACAUCUUUAAGGAUGAUGUGGUUAUUCAGUUUCUGAAUCCUAAAGUGCAAGCUUCAAUUGGUGCUAAUACAUGGGUGGUCAGUGGAACUCCACAGACAAAAAAACUGCAAGAUCUGCUGCCGUCAAUUAUCAAUCAACUUGGUCCUGACAACUUGGACAACCUGCGGAGGCUUGCAGAGCAAUUCCAAAAGCAGGUCCCUGGUGGUGUUUCUGGCAUUGAGGCUGGUGCCAGUGCAGGUGCUGCUCAGGCUGAUGAUGAUGAUGAUGUUCCUGAGCUUGUCCCUGGAGAGACAUUUGAAGAGGCCGCAGAAGAGAAGAAGGCAGAAGAGAAGAAGAUAGAGUCGUGAUUUUUGCUGCAUGUUUACUGUUGUGAAGGGUUAUAAGUUAAGUGGUGCCAUUAGAGACGUCCCCUUUUAAGAACUCUGACCUACCUUAUUCAAGCCAGUGGUCCGGUUUUGUCAUGUCCGCGAAUGUCAUCCGAUAUGUUGGUGGAAUUUUGCAUCAAUUACAUGCCUCUUUUGGUUGCCCUCA